UUUUUAAAUUCCCACCUCUACUCAUCUUGGACCCCUUUGUGUAAAGGAGCCGACCGAGCUGUCAAAAAUGAUGGCCGUUCGGAACAAGGGCCUGAAAAUGUUCACGCUUGCCUUACUUUUCAUCAUCACCAUCACGUCGUUCCUGCUCAACUACACCAACAACGUAGUGUCCACGUCUUGGGAUCCCAAGCAGAUCGCUUACCAGUUUUCGGAGCAGGUGAAAAAACUGCUGAAAUACUCCAGGAGGCCCUGCGGUUGUGACACCUGCAUUUUGGAACAGAGCUCAGCCUGGUUUGAAGAAAGGUUCAACGUAACCAUCCAACCCUUCUUAACCACUCAAAAUGCCUUCCUGCCCCAGGAGAACUACAGAUGGUGGCUGAAACUCCAGGGAGAGAGAAGUCCCAAGACCAUGAAUGAGACCGUCCAGGAACUCUUCAGCUUCAUUCCAGGAGACUGGGAGCAAUAUUUGGACAGGAGCAGUUCGCGGUGUCGUAGGUGUGCUGUUGUAGGAAAUUCAGGGAAUCUUCGGCAGUCACAGUAUGGCCAGCAGAUUGAUGCUCAUGACCUUGUGUUUAGAAUGAACAAAGCCCCAACAAAGGGCUUCGAAUUGGAUGUCGGCAGCAAAACCACUCAUCACUUUGUCUACCCAGAGAGCUAUCGAGAACUAGGGGAGAUGGUCAACAUGAUUCUCAUCCCGUUCAAAAUCUUAGACUUGCGUUGGGUCAUCAGUGCCCUCACAAACGGCACCAUCAAUCACACAUAUAUUCCUGUUCCCCGGAAGAUCAAGGUCAACAAAGACAAGAUCAUGGUUUAUCAUCCUAGUUUUAUAAAAUAUGUUUACGACAACUGGCUCCAACAUCAUGGGAGGUAUCCCUCAACCGGAUUCCUAUCAAUUAUCUUUGCCCUGCACCUCUGUGAUGAGCUGGAUCUCUACGGCUUUGGGGCAGACAACAGAGGCAAUUGGCACCACUACUGGGAGAAUAAUCCUUCUGCGGGAGCCUUUCGGCAGACCGGCGUCCAUGAUGGAGACUUUGAGGCAAACGUGACACAAACCCUCGCCUCAGUGGCCAAAAUACGGCUCUUCAAGGGCAGAUGACCCCGGUGGGGUCGGACAAGCGGUGAUCUCUGGCAAAGAAGGAAGGG